GUACUCCGUGUCGGCUGACGUCACUUCUGUAGUGGACAACCAGGGCUAUUGGGCGUCGUACAAUAUUCCGUUCUUCCCUACCAUCUUCAACGCAAGCGGUAUGGCAAGCCUGGCCGCCGAGUACGGCGACUGGUUCACCUACGACAGGUGUCCGCGUGCGCUGAUGUUCAAGAGAGGCUUCAAGGACCCGAGUGACAUAGAACGAGUUUUGGACUUUGUCAGGUACAACAACUACGAGAACGACCCGCUGGCCGUGUGUGCCGCGUGCAGUCCCAAGUACAAUGCCGAGAACGCCCUGUCUGCACGGAGUGAUCUGAACCCAUCGGUGGGUCGGUACCCGUUCUUCGAGAUGGGCCUGCGGCCGCACGGAGGCACCGACGCUAAGGUAGUCAAUUCGACGAUGAUGGCUCACCACAGCCUGUGGACCCAGUGCGGCCCAACCUGGUACGAGAAACAAUCCUUCUCCUGGAGCGCAUCACCAUUCACGUCUGUGCCGCAUGUUGGACAGCCGGACGACUGGCGCUUUCCACCUGCCCUUAAAGAGUGGCCCGAUCACGUGACGUUGAACACCACAGAGUUACCCUCCUUCCUAUGAAAGCUGUGAGCCUGCCAUCACAGAAUUUGUAUAAUUUUCUUUGGUUCACUACUUGGCGAAUGAUAAAUUUUGUAAUGAUAAAUAAAACAACCUGCA